GGUGAGGUUCGCAAGGUGGUGUGGCGAAUGCUGGAACGGGAGUAGCUGGAGGUGCGGUGACGGUUCGAGGCGCGGGGCAGUGGCUUGCACCUGACAAUUGAUUGAAAUUCACUGUUCUUCGCCUCGGGACGUUCAAUGGCGAGUUUGCCGUGUAGUUUCUGCUCGCUGUCGUCGGGGUGUUUAAAUGCAGAGCUCUCAAGUGCCUUCCGCCACCGUCGCAAUGACGCGCUGGACGUUUGGCGGGUCCGCAGCGGCGGCGGCGGACAGGCAGCCGAAGCAUCCAGGGCAUCCCACCUUCCGUUUGAGAGGAUCGGCGACUGCCCAACUGCCCCUUCCCUGCCGCGGCACGUCGACUCGGAUGCGGGCCCAGCCCUGUUCCGGCCUCCGCCAAUCACGCCGCCGCAUGCUGCAGACGAUAUGAACUCGACAUGGCUCAUCCAUGUUGAAUGUUGGCGGCGUACCAUCAUCACAGUAAUGCCUAACUGCCGGACGGGCACCUCACCCCACGUCGCCCUGGUCUCGAGUGUGCCCGAUCUUCCCAACGCCCACGAUCCGCGGCCUGGCCGCUUGCCCUGCAUUCACGUUCAGGCAUGUAUUUGUCGCGGCUUGCGACCCUCCCCAUCUUCUCCCCGCGCAUGUCAUACUUACAUGUAGGUACCUGCAUGUAUCUCGCGACCAGGCCUGCGUAUGUUGUUAUUCCCGGUCCGCUUGUUCGCUUCCUCGCCUGUUCGCUUGUUCGCUUGCCCCAGAUACUGCGCAUUCCAUGUCAACGCCACAUGGGGCCUCGUUGAUCUCCUUCGUAUCCUUGCGUGAUUCACAUCCCCCACCGGAGCAAGCUCGGGAUCCUACACCGGC